CGAAGAGACAGCAGUACUCGGCAGCCCAGAUCUCCUCAUCCAAAGCAGCCACCUCCAGGAGGGAGAGACACCGAGAGAGAAAGCUCCAGAGCUCCGGACACACAGCAGCCAAGAUGAGCCGCAGCCCAGAAAGGAUCUCGUCGUAUCGGAGACAUUUCGAGGAAUGCACCACCUCCUCCUCCUCAUCCUCCACCGCACUCCAGGUGAGGGUGUCCAGCCCCUCGCCCUCCCGCCGGGAUGCCCGCCAGCAGCGCGCCGCUAGCUACUCCCGCUCGGCCGCGGCCUCAGCUGCCAACGGCAUGGCGAUGGGACGCAGGGCCGUCUCCUCCUCCCGCAGGCCCCUGAUGGCGAGCAGUGCAAGCAUGGGCACCGUUUGUGUGGGCGCCAGCGGAGAAGCGAUAGAUCUGGACGCAGCUGCCGCCGAGAAUCAGGAAUUCCUCAGCACUCGCACCGGCCAGCGCAAGGAGAUGGUCGUGCUGAACGACAGGCUGGCUGCAUACAUCGAGAAGGUUCGGUCACUGGAGCAGCAGAAUAAGCUGCUGGAGACAGAAAUCGAGGCCCUCCAGAACCGAUUCAUGAAACCCACGGGCCUGCGCAUGCUGUAUGAAGAGCAGCUGAAAGAGCUGAGGAAACUUGCAGAUCAAAUGAGAAGGCAGCGGGACCUGGCUGUUGCUGCCAAAGAUGCCAUGGCUGGACAGCUGGAGAUGAUAAAGGUCAAAUAUGAGGAGGCUGUGGAGCUGAGGAAGAAGGCCGAGAUGGACAUCGAGAGCUUCCGCCCUGAUGUUGACGCAGCCACCUCCGCGCGCAUUGCUUUGGAGAAACAACUUGACAACCUGGAGGUCGAGAUUGAGUUCCUGAAGAGAAUUCAAAGAGAGGAAAUCGAGGACCUCAUGAAACAGAUCUACGCUGCCCAUGCCACCGCCCAAGACGCCUUCGCCCUCCCCGACCUCUCGGCUGCUCUGAAGCAGAUUCAGAACGAGUAUGACACCAUCGCGGCAAAGAAUCUACAGGAAAUGGACUCAUGGUACAAUUCAAAAUUCGACGAUAUAAACAACAAAUCCACCAAGCAUGUGGACAGGAUUCGUGGUGCCAGGGAGGAGAUGGCAACGGCCAAAAAAGAUAUUCAAGGCAAGGAGCGAGACCUGGAUGGUCUGAAGACUAAAAACGAUGCUCUUGAAGCACAAAUUCUUGAAGCUCAAGAGAGACACAAGAAAGAGCUGGAGGCUCUUCAGACCAGGAUCGAGGCUCUUCAGUUGGAGCUGAAAUCCACAAAGGGGAAAAUUGCUCAGCUGCUGAUGGAGUACCAGGACUUGCUCAAUGUGAAGAUGAGCCUGGAGAUUGAGAUCACAACAUACAGGAAACUUAUUGAAGGUGAGGACAUGCGUAUCACCAGCAUAGUGCAGGGAAUGAUGGGCAUGAGUGCCAUCAGUGCUGGGAUGAGCGGAGCCGGAGCCAUGGGAGCUGGAAUUGGGGCCGGAAUGGGGGCUGGAGCAGGUGCUGGAAUGGGAGUAGGGUCCGGAGCUGGAGCGGGAGUCGGUGCCGGAAUGGGAGCUGGAUUUAGGAAUGGCCUGGCAGCCGGAAUGGGAGUAGGGUCCGGAGCUGGAGCGGGAACUGGUGCCGGAAUGGGAGCAGGAGCACAGCUGGGUGCUCUAGCCACUGGAAUGGCUGCCCAGUUGGGAAUGGCGGCCAGUGGUCUCGCUGCCGGAAGUAGUGGAGCGACCAAUGGAAAUGGAGGCCUUGGAGCCGGCCUGAGAAAUGACGCCCACGGCGAGACCAUCACCGCCUACUCUGAGGAGCAGGCAGUGGAGAUGACCGAGAGGAAGACCGUCCUCAUCAGAACAGUUAAAACCGAUGAUGACACACUUGAGAGUGACACACAGGAGCGCAGCUACAUCAUUGAGGGAGCCGCCGACGAAGAAGAGGAAUAGAGCGAGAGGGGCGACUGACCGGCCGGCCCUGUCCACUCACCCUUGACCUCACACUGGUGGCCUGGGAUCUGGUCUUUGACCUUUGACCCGGACACAACACCAUGAAGAUGUCAACGUCUGCAAGAUGCUUCUCCCUGCCUCUGUGUCUGUCCAUCUCAAGUUGACUGAGGUUUUGUGAAGACAUUCUGUGUGCCUUACUACUGCUCCCUAUUGCAAAGAUUAAAUAAACGCUCUCAGCAUCCA